CACUACGCGAACAAACCAAUCCAAUCCAAUCCAUCAUCACAUUCUCUCUCUUGAUCGCUUGAAAACUACCAUCCUCCUCCUCCUUCUUCAACGACACUCACUCACUCACUCACUCACCAUCUUCGAAGAUUCUGAAUCGAAUUCCUACAAAACUACAAAUCCAAACUCCAAUUUCUUCUGAUUUCAAUUUGAUUUGACUUUCUUUGAUUUUAAUGGCGAUGGAAGACAACGAGAGUUGGGGUAGUAGAGCUGUGGAUUCGUCGCCGAAGCAAAAUCGACAGGACGGACAGAGACUCGAAGUCUUCAACGAAGUCCUCACUCGACUCCAACACUUGAAUCACCAAGACGCCAAUCUCCCUGGUUUCGAAGACCAACUCUGGCUUCACUUCAAUCGUCUCCCUCCUAGAUAUGCAUUGGAUGUGAACGUGGAAAGGGCUGAAGAUGUGCUCACGCACAAGAGACUACUUCAUCUGGCGGAAGACCCUGCUGCUCGACCUGUAUUUGAAGUUCGUCUUGUGCAGGUUCAUCCUACCUCUUGUGGAAAUUCAGUUGACUCUAAUCAUUUGGAUUCUCUAGUGAAAGAAGAUGCUCAAAGUUAUGCAAAUCAUUCUAGUAGACAGGGAAUCCAUCCACCCCCUACGUUUGGUUCGUCACCUAAUCUUGAAGCUCUUGUACUUCAAGCUUACACAUCUGAAGUUGAAGACGGAGAUAGUGUUGUUCAUUCCACUGCACAGUUUUCCCGGCCAAUGCACGAGAUCACUUUUUCAACAGUAGACAGGCCAAAACUCCUUAGUCAGUUGACUUCCUUACUUUCUGAGAUUGGACUGAACAUUCAAGAAGCGCAUGCCUUUUCAACUGUUGAUGGCUUCUCCUUAGAUGUCUUUGUUGUUGAUGGUUGGCCUCAUGAGGAAACUGAGCAGCUUAAAAAUGCACUGGAAAAGGAAAUUCUGAAAUCCAAGGAUAAAAUUUGUUCAAAUCAACAUGCAUUGUUUCCUAUCAUCGAACCUAGCCAAGUGCAAUCUAUAUCCUCUACUGAUUAUGUGAAAAUACCUACUGAUGGAGCUGAUGUCUGGGAAAUUGAUGCUAGCCUGCUGAAAUUUGAAAGCAGCGUUGGAUCUGGUUCAUUUGGUGAUCUGUAUAAAGGCACAUACUGCAGUCAGGAGGUGGCUAUCAAAGUCCUCAAGCCUGAUCUUGUGGAUAAAGAUAUGCUGAGAGAGUUUGCCCAGGAAGUGUUCAUUAUGAGGAAAAUUCGGCACAAGAAUGUUGUACAAUUCAUAGGCGCAUGCACACGAACUCCAAACCUGUGCAUUUUGACUGAGUUCAUGUCCAGAGGAAGUGUUUAUAACUUUCUGCAUAAACAAAAGGGUGCAUUUAAGCUUCCUGUUCUACUCAAAGUAGCACUUGAUAUUUCCAAGGGAAUGAACUAUUUGCAUCAAAAUAAUAUUAUCCACAGAGACCUGAAGACUGCCAAUCUACUAAUGGAUGAGAAUGAGGUUGUUAAGGUUGCUGACUUUGGAGUUUCAAGAGUGCAAGCUCAAUCUGGAGUGAUGACUGCAGAAACUGGAACAUACCGUUGGAUGGCUCCUGAGGUCAUUGAACACAAACCGUAUGAUCACAAGGCUGACAUUUUCAGUUUCGGAAUAGUGCUAUGGGAACUUUUAACAGGAGAACUUCCAUACUCGUACUUGACACCUUUGCAAGCAGCUGUUGGUGUUGUACAAGAGGGUCUGCGGCCUACAAUUCCGAAGCACGCUCAUCCAAAGCUUGCAGAACUGCUAGAAAAGUGCUGGCAACAAAAUCCAACUCUAAGACCCAAUUUCUCUGAAAUUAUAGAGAUUCUGAAGCAGAUUAGCAAGGAGGUUGGAAAUGAUGGAGAGGGGCACAAGGAUAAAUCAAUAGGCGGAUUCUUCUCAGCACUCAGAAGGGGCCAUCACUAAAGUCCGGAAUAUAUGAUCCUGUGGGCCAUUUUCCAAAUUUCAAUUCCAUUUUCUCAUGUUGAUCAGCUCAUUUGUAGUUUUAACUUGUAUUUUUAUUUUAUUUAUAAUAUAGGAGCUUACCUCGUAAAUUUUGUGUAUUUAGGUUUCUUUCUUUUUCAUUUAGAUUUUUUUUGUCCCCAUCGUAAUUUGUUUCAUUGCGCAAGUUGCACCAUAUGUUGAAAUGGCUGAGUAUGGUUGUAACACGAAAAAUGUUUGAGAGUUUUAAAUUGAGAGCACUGAAGGCUCUAGAGAGUGGGUCCCACUAA